AUGGAAAACGCAUUACGGGCAUGCUGCAAAGGAAUAAAAAUUGGAAAAAUUCUGAUUCACCGUGAUGGAGAUAAUGGCAAACAGCUUAUAUAUGAGAAACUUCCCAAAGAUAUCUCCGAACGGCAUGUACUGCUUCUGGAUCCAGUUCUUGCUACAGGGAACUCUGCCAACCAAGCCAUUGAACUACUGAUACGGAAAGGGGUUCCAGAAUCCCACAUUAUAUUCCUGAACUUGAUAUCCGCUCCUGAGGGAAUCCAUUGUGUUUACAAACGUUUCCCAUACUUGAAAAUUGUCACUUCGGAAAUUGAUGUUGCAUUGAACGAAGAGUUCCGAGUCAUCCCAGGUAUGGGUGAGUUCGGAGAUCGUUACUUUGGCACUGAUGACUGAUCCAUUGCUUGCAAGUACAGAUUGUUAGCGGUAUUUGUUUCAUGACACUCUGAAAACAAAUGUGGUAUUGAUUUUUACCCGUGCACGUCACCUGCUACCCGCUAAGUGCCUGGUCGCAUCAAAUAUUACAACAUAAUUCGAGUCCAAUAGAUGAAUUUCAAGUCCUUGCAUACCUUCAUGUUUGAUCGAAUGCUUCUUUCUUUCAAGGGUGCAGAAUAUGAAUAAUAUUGUCGAUACAUCAAUCAAAUCUGCUGAUUAUU